GCAGAGAUGAGAUGCGCUCUCUCUCACAACAUGUUGUGAAUGAUUGGGGUCGCCAACGUUUUGACAUCAAAAUAGGGUCACCUUCCCAAAAAGGUUGGUAACCUCUGCUCUUUGGGGACUGGGUGUUGAGAGCGCGUGAAUGAGAGCGUAAACGGAGCAGAUCUCUCGCCAUGUCUUUCUAUCUUUUGACGUCAACAACUGGACUUGCAUCCGCUCCUUGAGGUCCAGCCUCUCAAAUAGCAGUCAGCUCGUGCUGCUUCCAUCGGGCUGCUCUCGCGCUGCGGAUGGGCUGCCGUUGCCUGUCACUGAUCUGCGAUCAACGCUCGUGAUUGCACACGCGGGACGUGCUCACCAGAACACCACAACACUAAAGAGAGAAAGAUAUAUUUAAACAGCACGAGACGACGGACUGGAUCGAGGUCAUAACUGUCGGCGCUGAUAAACAACACGAGGAUGGGGAGAAUCGCGCCUCUUUUACUUUUCCUUGCGCUCGGACUACACGUCAUGGUCGCGGAGAAAGUAAAUAAGCACAAACCGUGGAUUGAGACAUCCUACCACGGAGUGAUCGCAGAGAACUCCGAUGUCGUUGUGCUGGACCCUCCACUCGUUGCUCUGGACAAGGAUGCCCCUAUCCCCUUUGCAGGAGAGAUAUGUGGGUUCCGAAUACACGGCCUGGAUGUUCCGUUCGAGGCGGUGGUUCUGAACGAGACGACGGGGGAGGGACAGCUGCGGGCGCGGGAGCCAAUCGACUGUGAGCGUCAGAAGGAGUUCUCCUUCCUCAUCCAGGCCCACGACUGCGGAGCUGGACCAGGAGGUCCCAUCGGCAAGAAGUCUCACAAAGCGGUGGUUCACGUGCAGGUUGAUGAUGUUAACGAGUUCUCUCCGGUCUUCUCGCGGUCGGAGUACCGCGCUGACGUCACAGAGGGCCGUGUCUAUGACGUCAUCCUUCAGGUCCAGGCCUCAGACCAGGACUGUUCCCCUCAGUACAACCAGAUCUGUAACUACCACAUCAUCACCAAAGACACCCCCUUUGCCAUAGACCGCAAUGGGAAUAUCCGUAACACGGCGCGCCUGCGCUUUGAGGAGCAGACCGAGUACGAGCUGCAGGUGACGGCCUUCGACUGUGGCCAGAGGGAGGCGUCUCAUAGCGCAACCGUCCACAUCAGCGUCAAGCCUGUCUGCAAGCCUGGAUGGCAGGGUUGGAAUAGGCGCGUUGAGUAUGAGCCCAGCAUUGGCAGCAAGCCGCUCUUUCCCAGCAUGCACCUGGAGACUUGUGGCUGGGCCCUGUCCUCCAUGCGCCUCAUGGUGGAACUGCAGACGACACACAUUGGCAAGGGCUGUGACCACCAGACCUCCUCCGAGAAAGCCCUCCAGAGACUUUGUGGGGCAUCCUCAGGCAGCACAGACUUGCUCCCCGCCCCAACUCGGUCCACCAAUUGGACAUCAGCAUUGGUGACAGAGGGGGGUCGCGACGGUGACCUCAUCUUCCACUUUGAUGGGAGGCAGGCAGCAAAGGUCCCUGAUUGGGUGGCACCGGGCAACCUGACGGACCAGUUCACCAUUGCCACCUGGAUGAAACAUGGGCCCAGCCCUGGCCAGCGUGCUGACAAGGAGACACUGCUGUGCAGCUCAGACAAAACAGAGAUGAACAGACAUCAUUACUCUCUGUAUGUGCAUAACUGUCGUCUGGUGUUUCUGCUGCGGAGAGCAGACAGCCUCACAGACUCCUUCAGACCAGCAGAGUUUCACUGGAAGCUGGAACAGAUCUGUGAUAAAGAGUGGCAUUAUUAUGUCAUUAAUGUGGAGUUUCCCAUGGUGACGCUCUAUGUGGACGGUGUGACCUAUGACCCAUACCUGGUGACAGACGAUUGGCCCAUUCACUCAUCUCACAUAGACGUUCAACUGACUGUAGGAGCCUGCUGGCAAGGUGGAGAAAUCAGUAAGAGGAAGUUUACGCAGUACUUCCGGGGCAGCCUAUCUGGCCUCACCCUCCAUCCAGGAAAGAUUGAGACACACAAGGUCAUUUCGUGCCUCCAGGCCUGCAAAGAGGGACUAGACAUCAGCUCUCUCCAAAGCCUGGGCAAGGCCAUUAAGUUCCACCUGAACCCGUCCCAGUCUCUGUUGGUGAUGGACGGGGAGGAUGUGCAGUGUGUGAGCGCCGCCCUCAGGAAGGUCUCUUACAUCAACUCACGCCAGUUCCCCACCGCGGGCACGCGGCGCCUGAGACUCGCAUCCUCAGUGCAAUGUUUUAGUGAAGAUGAGUGCAUCUCUAUUCCGGAUGUUGAGGUGGUUGUCAUGGUGAUGCAACCCAGUGAGCCCCGCAUCAGCAUCACAGGGGCGGAGCAUGUGACUAGCCCCGCCUCAGACGUGAAGGCUGGGCUGAGGCUGUUCCCUGACCUGCACGUUACCAGUACUGUAACCGCCGACAACAGGCCUAGCAACAGCGCUGCUUAUGGUCACAGGACUGGUGUUUUGGAGGAGAGUCUUCAUAAUCUGGACUACUGUGAUAUUCUGGUACUGGGGGAGGAGUUUAAGGCAGGGCAAGAGAGUCUUCACCUGCAGAAGAGUUUCCUAUUGGGCACACACCUGGAUUAUACUAACUCUACCACGGGGAUGUCCAUAUAUGGUGUGGACUCCAUGGUUAACUAUGCAGAGGUGAUGAGACAGGUGCGCUAUCAGAACCUGCAGCCAGAGAUCUCCGUGCGAAACUUCCGCCUCUCUUGCUCCUUCAAUGGCCAGUACACCUCCAACCAGUUCAACCUAGAGGUCAAUGUCCUGCACAGCUCAGCGGCCACUGAACAUGUCAAUCACAUGAUGGCUCCACACAAAUUUACACCGGUGGUCCACCAUCCUCUUAUGCUCCGUGCUGUUGAAAGUCCAGGUGUGCCGAGUCUAGCGGGUGUCGUGUUGGUGGUGUGUGUGGUGGUGCUGGCGGUGGUGGUGGUGGUGGGGGCCUACAGGAUCCAUGUCACACUCCGUCAGGACCAAAACAGCACACACACACUCACACACUGGCAGCUCUGGGACGAGUCCGCUCUCACCAUCACAGUUAACCCCAUGGAGAGUUUUGAAGAUGCUCUGGCUGCUGUAGGAGAAGUCACUGAGGAGGAGGAAGAUGACGAAGAAGAGGACGACGAUGACGCCGACGACGAUGAUGAAGAUGAUGACAUCACGAGUGCAGAGUCUGGCAGUGAAGGGGAAGAUGAGGAUUUACCCAACAUGCAACAGGAGAGCAGAAGGAGGCCCAGCAAGACUGGGACAACAUGUCACCUUUCUGAACACACACACACACACAACACACACACACACACCACACACAAACACAGAGACAUGUCCAAUGCUCACAGAACACAACACACAAACACACACACACACACACACACACACUCACAGACAUAUCAAUGCUCAGAGAACACAACACACACACACACAUACACACUCUGACACACAAACACACACACAUACACACACUAUGAUUAUAACUACCAGCCUGUGUAUCUUCAUUGUGACACUCUUAGAAAGUGACUGACCACAGGGUGAACUACCCCCUCUUCCUCUUUUCUCUCUAUCUCUCUCUCCUCCUCUCCCUCCCUCCCUCCCUUUCUCUUUACUUACCUCCCUCCCUCCCCAUGAAAGGGUAAAAGGGUAUGUGAAGAGCCCUGCAUGCUCAGAGUUGAAGGUGUAGCAGCUCUUUUUCUUAUUGGACCUGUUUACAAUCCUGCCCUCUCCUCUCUGCUGUAAUGGUGAAGAUGUGCAUUUGUGUGUGUGUUUGUGUGUGUGUGUG